UCCAGCCUGGGGAUGCGGAGUCAGAGACGGCACAGGCCAGCGCCACCUCCCGGUGCUCUGAGUCACCGCCGGAAGCCGGCCCGAAAGCAAAGCGGGCGUGAAGCGUCCACCAAGCCGGAACAGCAGCGGCCGCAGCAGUAGAAGCGGCAGCAACAGCUGGAAUCUCCCAGAGACAUCUCCUCUUGAAAAAAAAUAUCUUAGAAGGAAGCUUCAAAGGAACCAUUCAACAGUGAAGCGGCUCCGGUUAAAACAGUUCUGGAGGUCAGAAGUCCGCAAGAGGUUGGCAGAGCUACAUUUUAAGUCUGGAGCCUCUAGGGCAGAGCCCAUUUCCUUGCCUUUUGCAGCUCCUGGAGGCUGCCUGCAUUCUGUGUCUCCACAUCAUCCUGAUCUUUGCUUCCAUCCUCACUUCUCCUUCUCUGGCUCUGACCCUCCUGCCUUCCUCUUAUAAGAAGCCUGUGAUUACACUGAGCCCACCGGAUGAUCCAGACCUUCACUGAUGGAUGAUCUCUGUGAAGCAAAUGGCACUUUUGCCAUCAACUUAUUAAAACUGCUGGGUGAAAAGGACAACUUGCGAAACGUGUUCUUCUCUCCCCUGAGCCUCUCCUCUGCCCUGACCAUGGUCUUAAUGGGGGCCAAAGGAAACACUGCGGCGCAGAUGUCCCAGGCACUUUGUUUGAACAAAGGUGGAGAUAUUCACCAAGGAUUCCAGUCACUUCUCAUGGAAUUGAACAAAUCUGGCCCUCAGUGCUUGCUCAGAACUGCCAACAAACUCUUUGGGGAAAAGACAUGUGAUUUCCUGCCAGCUUUUAAGGAAUCCUGCCAGAAGUUCUAUCAGGCAGACCUGGAGGAACUGUCCUUUUCUAAAGACACUGAAGAAUGCAGGAAACACAUAAAUGACUGGGUGACGGAGAAGACUGAAGGAAAGAUUUCAGAGAUCCUGGGGGCUGGGGCGAUCGGUCCUCUGACUAAGCUGGUCCUCGUGAAUGCAACCUAUUUCAAAGGAAAGUGGAUUGAGCAAUUUGACAGAAAGCACACAAGGGGAAUGACCUUUAAAACCAACAAGGAGAAGAAGACAGUGCAGAUGAUGUUUAAGCAAGCUGAGUUUAAAAUGGGGUAUGUGGAGGAGGUGUGCGCCCAGGUCCUGGAGCUGCCCUACGCGGAGCAGGAGCUGAGCAUGCUCAUUUUACUGCCUGACGACAGCACGGAUCUCGCUGAGGUGGAAAAGGCACUUACAUAUGAGAAGUUCAGAGCCUGGACAAAUCCAGAAAAGCUGACUAAGGAUAAAGUUCAAGUUUUUCUUCCCAGGUUAAAGCUGGAGGAGAGUUAUGACUUGGAGGCUUUUCUUCGAAGUUUAGGAAUGACUGAUGCUUUUGAGGAAGCCAAGGCCGACUUUUCUGGAAUGUCAGCCAAGAAGAACGUGCCCAUGUCCAAGGUCGUGCACAAGUGCUUUGUAGAGGUCAAUGAGGAGGGCACUGAGGCAGCUGCGGCCACUGCCGUGGUCAGGAACUCCCAGUGCAGCAGAAUUGAACCAAGAUUUUGUGCAGACCACCCUUUCCUUUUCUUCAUCAGGCACGAUGAAACCAACAGCAUUUUGUUCUGCGGCAAGUUCUCUUCUCCAUAAAGGGCUGCAGUCAUUGUACAUCACUCUGCCCACCCUGCCUUACUUCAAAUUCCCUGUGACCAAAUUGAUGCGGUGGUUUGAAUGCCAAAAUAAAGUGUAAUUAUGAUAACAGGACCCCCUCACAGAGUUGUUGAGAGGAUUUAAUAGGUUGAUAAAGAGGUUAGAGCAAUACCUGCUAUAGUAGUACACAAUAUCAUUAUUAGACAAGAGUCAAUUGCAUUUUUAUGCAUCUAAAAAGCAAUAGUUAGAAAAUGUAAUUAAUUUUGCACUAAAAAUAUAAUGUUCUUAGGAAUGAUAAUUAACAAAAGAUAAGCAAGACUGUUAUGUUGAAAAUUAUAAAGUGCUAUUGACAGUCAUUAACGAUGACCAAAAUAAAUGGACAUAUUUCAUAUCACGAAUACACCUUGAGUUAAAAAAUUGUCAGUUCUCCCCCACUUGUCCUAUUGAUGUAAUGUAAUUCUAAUCCAAAUUCCAGCAAUGCUUCUAUGGAGCUUGACAAGUUUAUUUAAAAAUUUAUAUGAAUAAGCAAAAGGCCAAAAUUUAUAACACAUUUCUAAAGAAAAAGAUCAAGUUGCAGAGCUCUGCUCUACUAGAUAUUGAAGCUUAUCAUAAAGCCCUGUUAAUACAGUGUGGUGUUUACACAGGGAUAGACAAACAGGUUAAUAGUACAGAAGAGCCCAGAAGCAUACUUAUUCAUAUAUGAAAUGUGAAAUAGAAAAGAACUGGUAUUAGAGGUCAAUAGGAAAAUGACAGCCCAAUACAGUGUGCUGGGAAAAAUUCCUUAUUUAAAAGAAGAAAACAAUUAUUGAGAUAGUAAAUACUUAACGAGAAAUGAAAAUUUUAUAUGCUUUACAAGAAAAUAUAGCAGAAUAUUGUAUGACUUUAGGGAAAGGAAGGAUUUUUUUUUUGGCCAUGCUGCAAGGGUCGCGGGAUCUUAGCUCCCGACCAGGGAUUGAACCCACGCCCUUGUCAGUGAAAGCACAGAUUCCUAACCACUGGACCACCAGGGAAUUCCCAAAGAAGGAUUUCUUAAUAUAUAAAAAGCAAAACAGUUAAGGCAAACAAUGGACAAAAUCAACUACAUUAAAAUACAGGUACUUUAAGUUUAAAAUACACCAUACAAAUUAUAAAAAUAUAAGCACAAACCAGGAGAUGAUAGUUUAACAAAUUUAACCACUAAAGGAUAAAUCCUUUAGUGGUUAAAUGUUGCCAUGAAAGAAUCUGUAAGAAAAUGACAAACAAUCCAGUAGAAAAAUUGACAUAAAAUGGAUACUUCACAAAAGAGGAAACAGAAAAGGUCAGUAAACACAUGACAAGAUGCUCAAUAUCAUUCAUAAAAGAAAGCAAACUAAAAUAGAAAUUAGAGGUCAGAGGGGGAUGUGACCGUGGAGGAAAAGCACAGAGAGAUUGAAUGUUGCUGGCUUUUGAGGAUGGAGGAAAGGGGCCCAGUCAAGGGACGUGGAUGGAGAAGCUGGAAAAGACACGGAAAUGGAUUCUGCCACGGAGCCCUGAGAGAGGGAUGCAGCCCUGCAAGCACCUUGGUUUUAGCCCAGAGACUUGCGUUAGACUUCUGACUAGCAGAGCUUUGAGAUGGUGAAUCUGUGGUGUUUUAGGUCACUAAGUUUAUAACAGUUUGUUACAACAUCAACAGGAAAUGAAUACAGCAUUCAACACUGAUCCUUGCCAUUGGCAAAUGACAGAAACACAUUUCUGUCUAACUUAGACAAAAGCAAUUUAUUAUCCAGUAUCAAGUUAAGAAAAGUGCUUGAGGAAUAACUAGAACUAUGGACCCAAGUGCCUUAGGCUCUUUCUUCAUUUCUGGUUUUAUUGUUUCUCAGUGUGUCAGCUUCCUUCUUCCCCCACAGCACUUGAAGCAGAGCUCCACCCCUCAACCCCAAAACCAUAGUCUUAGGUUGGCCAAAUUUUGUUCCAUAGCUGUCCAUCCUAGAACAAACAACAAGGGCAAAGCGGCUAGGAAACAGAGAUGAACUAGGGACGGUUACUCUAAUACGUUUCUUGGAAGACUGAUCAAGUGUCUGUGUUCCACCAAACCUGUUUGGGCCUUAACUGAGCAGUGAUACGUCUUAGUUCACGGCCUCCUCCUGCCAGUUAAAGACUAACACGACUAGAGAAAACAAUUAAUUUAAAAUAACAUUGAUCAGGUUAUUUAAAAGCAUUUGGAUCAACAGGAUUAUCACAAGCCAAGCUCAUCCACUGUGUUGGUUUUUACUGCUGACGGCUACCACCAUCCCAGUGGCUUGAGUAAAGAAUCUUCGUCUCGCAAUUCUGUAGGUCAGUGGCUUACCCCGGUCUUACAGGGUCAAAGUCAGGGUGUCGGCAGGGCUGCCUCCUUUGGGGGUUUUGAGGGAGAAUCCGUUUCCAGAGACAUUCAGGUUACUGGCAGCACUGAGCUGCGCGUGGUGGUAGGAAUGAAGUCCCUGUUUUUUUGUUGCCUGUCAGCUGGGGGCCUUUUUUGGUGGCUUUCUUCCAGUUUCAAAGUCAGCAACGGCAGUCCAGUCUGUCUUAUGCUUUUGUAGGGAAGGGAAAUUUUACUUCUAGCCAUCGCCUUAGGUUUUCAGCUGAGGCUCUUUAACAAAAUGAUUAACAAGAGAAAAACAGUUUAUUAAUGCAUGUAUUUGUAUACACUAUUACCAGAUAUUCCACUCCUAGUUAGAAGCCCUAGAGAAACUGUAUGUUCAAGAGAUGUGAAAUAAUGCUCAUAGCAAUACUAUUUCAUCACAGCAAGAAAAAAUGCUAAAAGAAACCCUAGGAAAAAAUGCUGAAUUAUUAAAAUGAAUAAAUUAUGUUGUAUUCAUACAAAGGAAUCAGGGUUAUCACCUUACUCAGCUCUGGGGCACCAUUCACAUUGUCAGCACCUUUCAUACAGAACACAACGUACAAGGUUGUACAAAGUUGUACAGAACACCAUAUAUUAGGGAAAAUGAAUUAAUCACAGCUAUCAGCAUAAAACAAUGCAGAGUAAAAAUAACAAGUGUCAAUUGCAUUUGCACAAAGUUAAAUAAUAAGCAAACUGGUCAUUAUGUUGUUUAGAGCUACAUCUAUGUAGUAAAGCUAUAGAGAAAAGGCAAAGGAAUUGCUAACACAAAAUACAGGAUAGUACGAAACCCAGGGCAGGGAAAGAAUGUAAUCAGAUCAACAGGAAGCUUCAAAAUUAUUCCUGAUACUCUGUUUCUUAAGUUGGAUAGUGGAUAUUAGAUGUUUAUUCAACUUACUAUUAAUCUUUAAAUAUACAUAUAUGUAUAUCCAUUGUGUUGUAUCACUGAUACAUUUCACAAUAAAAAAGAUUUAACAAAAGAAUGGAGAAAUCAUAGUAUAACGUGAUGCAAUGAGGACUACACCAGCUAAGAGAAAUAAGACUAAAUAUUGUAAAUUUAAUAAUGGAACUAAAAGUAACUUCCUUAUUAAAAGAUAAAAAUCUUUUAGAUUGAAAAUGAAAAACGGUGUUUGGUCAAAUGUGGUUUUCAAUUAGCAUACCUCAAACAAAGUGACAUAAAAUGAGCAAAGAUAUAUCAGGGAAAUUUAAAUAAAGGGACAGCAGGAGUCAAACUAUUAAUAGCAGAAAAGGUGGACUUUAAGGAAGUGAAUUAAAAUGGAGAAAUGCUGUCUUUUGAUAUAGAAAGGGUAUGAUUCAUAAUGAAGAUAAAAUUUAAAUUUCAACAUGCCUCUUUCAAUACUGGACAGAUGAACAUAGAAAAAAUAAUAAAAAUCUGAUAAAAAAUAUCACCAGUAUACUGUGCUUCACAAUAAGACCCAUUUUCUGUACAGCUUCACACCCCUGAAAGUAGGAUAUGUCUAGAUGUAAUUGUCGUUGCCCGUAUAUGUUUGUUUCUAGUCAUAGGUGUCUUUAUUUUUUUCACUUCAAGUUAUUGUCGAUGCUAUGUGUGCCGAGUAUAGUUGUCAUUAAUUUUUAAAGAUUAUAUUAUUAUUUGGCCUUAAAAAAUUAUUGACAGGGUGAGAGAGUGGCAUGGACAUAUAUACACUACC